AUGUCGUUGGCGAUUGGAUGUUCUUCUCUCAAAACUACUCAUCAAGUUGGGGUGCAAAAAUGGAGGCCACCCAGAGCAGCUGUGGGUUCCAAUUUCCAUCUCCCAAUGCGUAGUUAUGAAGUUAAAAAUCGGACGGACAUUGAUAAGAUAAAGGCUCUGCGGCUGAUUACGGCCAUCAAAACGCCAUACCUUCCUAAUGGCCGCUUGGACUUGGAGGCAUACGACGCGCUCGUAAACAUGCAGAUCGAGGGUGGGGCCGAAGGGGUGAUUGUGGGCGGGACCGCAGGUGAGGGGCAUAUCAUGUCAUGGGACCAGCACAUCGUGCUCAUCGCCCACACGGUCAACUGCUUUGGUAGCUCGAUCAAGGUCGUCGGCAACACUGGUGAAGCCAUCCACACCAUCUACGCCACCGAACAAGGCUUCGCCGUCGGCAUGCAUGCCACCCUUCACAUCAACCCCUACUACGGCAAAGCCUCCCUCGACGACUUCACCCUCCAUUUCGAGAAUGUCCUCCAAAUGGGCCCCACCAUUAUACACAAUGUGCCCUCCCGCAUGGGCCAGGAUAUUCCCUCAAGUGUCGUUCGAGCCUUGGCCCAGAGCCCGAACCUUGCAGGUGUGAUGGAGUGUUUCGGACAUGCCCGUGUCGUGGAGCACGUGGGUAGCGGGCUCGUCGUGUGGAGUGGGAAAGAUGACGAGUGCCACGACUCGAGGUGGGAUCACGGGGGCAGAGGUGUAAUCUCGGUCGUGAGCAAUUUGAUUCCGGGGUUGAUGAGGGAGCUGAUGUUUAGGAAGAGGAAUCCGGAGUUGAACGCGAGGGUUUUGCCUCUGGUGAAGUGGUUGUUUGAGGAGCCGAACCCAAUAGGGCUGAACACGGCCCUGGCCCAGCUUGGGGUCGUGAGGCCCGUCUUUCGACAACCAUAUGUGCCGCAUUCACUGGAGAAGAGGGUGGAGUUUGUGAAGAUUGUCCAGGAGUUGGGGAGGGAGAAUUUCAUCGGGGACAAGGAGGUUCAGGUUCUCGACGACGAUGAUUUUGUCUUGAUUAGCCGAUAUUAG